UGACAGGUGAGCGGACGCCAGGGGAGAGAUGACCGGGCAGACGGAGGAUGAUAUACCUGAAACAGGAGCAAUCUUCACAUUUGGGAAGAGCAAGUUUGCUGACAAUGUGCCCAGUAAAUUCUGGCUGAAGAAUGACCAUCCAGAAGAAAUCUCGUGUGGGGGUGAUCACACUGCUGUCGUAACAGGCCAUGGCAGGCUGUUCAUGUUUGGAAGUAAUACCCGGGGUCAGCUAGGACUGGGGUCAAAGAGCAACGUCAACAUCAACAAGCCCACUGCUGUGAAAGUGUUGAAGUCUGAAAAAGUGAAGUUUGCAGCAUGUGGGGGAGACCACACAACAGUGUGCACAUGGAGUGGGCGGGUUUAUGGUGCUGGCAGUAACCAGGAGGGGCAGCUUGGUUUGGGACACUGUGAUGACACAAAUACCUUCCACCUGAUUCAUCCCUUCUCUGACCACACACCAAUCAAAAUGCUCGCUGCUGGCUGCAACACCUCAGCUGCUCUGACAGAGGAUGGCAGGCUGUUCAUGUGGGGUGAUAACUCGGUUGGCCAGAUCGGUCUCGGGGCCGAGAGCUACACCUCAGAGCCUAGAGAGGUGAUGGUGGGGCAGCCAGUGGCCUGGGUGUCCUGUGGAUACUACCAUUCAGCGUUCGUCACAGUGGACGGGGACCUCUACACAUUUGGGGAGAGCGGGAACGGAAGGCUGGGUCUAUUCCCUGACCAGCUGGCCAAUCACAGAGUCCCUCAGCAGGUGGAAGGCAUCCAGGACCCGGUCAUCCAAGUGUCCUGUGGAGGGGAGCACACAGUGGCACUCACAAAGGAGGAUGUGUACACAUUUGGGCGGGGUCAGCAUGGGCAGCUGGGCCACGGGACCUUCCUGUUCGAAGCACCUCUGCCCAAAGCACUGGACCACUUCCGGAAUGGCAGAGUCAGUCACGUAACCUGUGGAGAGAAUCACACCGCUGUGAUAACAGACAGUGGGAUUCUGUACACCUUUGGGGACGGUCGCCAUGGUAAACUAGGACUGGGGGAAGAGAACUUCACCAACCAGUUCAGACCAACACUGUGCCCACGAUUCCUCAAAUACAGCGUCCAGUCAGUGGCAGGUGGCAGCUCUCACAUGCUCGUGUUGGCUAUGCCCAGACCCCCUGAGGUUGAGGAAGUGGUGAUAGAGGAGGAUGAUGUCACAGAGACCAUUCUGGAAGCUCUGGAGACCUACACUGAGCUGCUCUUGAUGGAUCCCUCCCUUCUGAUGCCCACCCCACCGACCGCACCUCCUCUCUGGACCCUGUCUGCUAGGGCCCGCCGCAGGGAGAGGGAGUGUUCUCCCGAUCAGUUUGGCCAGAUGUUCCGUAACCUUCCUCCUCUGAUGUCUGGCUUCUUCAACACCUCCCUUCCCGUGUCAAGAAACAUCCGCAUCUCCAGAACACCAUCUAAAGACCCCUCCACCUCCUCACUGUCCUCCAAUCCCUCCUCAAACAACGCCCCCAGUCCCUCUCGGUCACUCAAACCCAGAGGCAAACCCCCUUUAACACCAUCACGGUCACCCAAAUUCACAUUCCCAGACCCUCCCAGCCCUUCACUCUCCUCCAAGUCCAGCCCUAAGAAGAAGCCCACCCCGUCAAAAUCACCAAAAUCCACGUCUAAAGAACCCAUUAGCCCCUCACGGUCCUUCAAAUCCAUGCCUAAACUCAUCCCCGCCCCCACACUGACCCCUAAAACCCCCUUUAAAAAGCCCACAGAUGACAACCAAUCCCCCAAAACGCUGUCUAAGUGGCACCCCAGCCCUUCUCGGAGUCCCACCCCACCACAGACAGAGAGGACCGAGGACACAGUGACAGAAGCCCCUGACAGCCUGAUGCUCAUUGAGAAUAUGGAGGAUGAAAAGGACACGUUGUUAAACCUGGCAUCACUAUCGAGAGGAGAUUCUGGCGAUGAGACUGGGACUACAUUGGCAGGGCAGAAGGAUAAGGGACAUAAAAAGGGUCGGGCUCUGAGGAGAGCUGUGAAGGAGGCAGAGAGGGAGGUUAAACGAACCCUGACCAACAGGAAGGCGGAGCUACCUUCCUAUAAGGCCCUUCCCACCGAGUUUCUGAGAGGUUCCAGCAUGAGUUCGUUAAAGGCAGAGGCCAUGCCCACAAAGAGCCCCAAACCACUAAAGACCCCUCAGACCUCCCAAACCCCAGCCAGGGGCAAGGAGAACAUCACUUUAACAACAGAAAAGGCUGGCCUUAAAGUGAACACCAGUAAACUAGAGAGCAAUCCUCAAAGCACAGGUAAAGCAGGGUCUAAGCUAAGUAUACCUGCAAUGAAACAAAGCAAGUUAUCUGUAUCGAAACCUAGCACUCCUAAACACAGUCAGAUCCAGAUAUCGAUGUCUAAACCCAGCACUCCAAAGCAUGAUCAAAGCAAACUGUCUGAAUCUAAACCCAGCACUCCAAAGCAUGAUCAAAGCAAGCUGUCUGAGGUGAAUAAAGGUACAGAGAUGAACGGUAAAGGCCCUGUAAAGGUCAAAGGUAAGGAGUCCGAGGCGACCAGCACUCCCAUCAAAACUAAAAGUUUGGAGUCCAAAGACAAGAAAUCCAAAAUUGCAGAGGAAGAUACUAAAACUAUUGAAGUUCAAAAUAAACCACUUCAAGGGGUCAAGUCCGCUCCAGUCAAAGUUAAAGGUAAACAAUUAGAGGUCAAGUCCAACCCUGUGAAAAGUAACAUUCAAGAGGUCAAAUCCUCUCAAGUCAAAGUUAAAGGUAAACCAGUGGAAAAGGAGCCAAUUCCAAUUAAAACUGUGGCUGAAAGCACUCCUUUGAAUGUAAAGAGGAUUCCUAAGGAGAUUGUAGAUAAGAACAAACCAUCUGAAGGUAAAAGCACUCGAAUAAAGGGAAAAAGGAAGGCAAAAGAGGUGAAUGAACAAAAGACGGAAGAGUCUAUUACUCUCAAAGAGUCAGGGACAACAGAGGGGAACAAAGUGACUGUUAAAGAUAAAGGCAAAGUCACAGAAACAAAAAGUGUGACUAAACCUGAAGAGGUUAAAGCUAAACUGACUAAGUUGAAGGGAACCUCGGUGAAAAUGAAAAGCAAGCCAACAGGGGUUUCCAGCCAACCAAUCUUAGUAGAACCUACCUCAAAGGCCGAAUCACCAUCCGCAUCACUGUCAUUAUCAGAUGCAAUGCCUCAAAAUGCUCGGGAUAAGAAGUCAGCGAAGUCUGAGCUUAGAGAGCCACUGGUUGUCUCUCAGGUCAAGGAUAGAGUGGCGGUCCGGGGGGAAGAUACCAUUGGUGAAUCCCAGGAGGGGGAGCCUGGCUGGGGAGGAUUUCUCAGUGAUGCAGCCUCUCUCCUUCCAGCUGUGGGGAUGGCGGGCGUAACCAUGGGGGUCCUGAGUGAGGCAGUGACAAGUGUGAGGGGGUUUCAGUCGGAGAGUGACACAGCCACCUCUAUCCCUCCUCGACGGUCCAGCCGGGUAGAGAGGUUCACCAAACAGAGCGCCAUCACCCAGCCUUCCUCCUCCUCCUCCUCAUCCUUCUCUUCAACAUCAGAUCCCAGUGCAGGUGCACAAAGCAAGAGGACCGCCGUCCGCAUCAGCGUUCUCGGGUAUUCUGAUCAGGAAGCAGGGAGCAGGAGUUCUGAGAAGAACCCAGACACCACAGAUGCUGCUAGUGACAGGUCAGGAGGUCAGGCCGAGGUUGAUGACGAUGAGAACACUAGUAGAGGUCAAAGGUCAGAGGUUGAGGAUGAUGAAGCUGAAGAUUCCACAAAGAGACAUGGAGAGGGGGAUGGGACAGACAUGGAGAGCACCCAACAAGAGGGAAAAGAAGAGGGGGAUGAGGAUGACAGGAGUAGUAAGGGUCUGGAAGAGAGCAGUGAAGAGAAUGAAGGGGGAGAAGCAGAAGACAGUGAUACUGUGGGGACAGGAGAGGGGGAGGAGAGCAAAGAGAGUGUUUCUGAGGGGACAGGAGAGGGGGAGGAGAGCAAAGAGAGUGAUACUGUGGGGACAGGAGAGGGGGAGGAAAGCAAAGAGAGUGAUUCUGAGGGGACAGUAGAGGGGGAGAAGAGCAAAGAGAGUGAUUCUCAGGGGACAGGAGAGGGGGAGGAGAGCAAAGAGAGUGAUUCUGAGGGGACAGGAGAGGGGGAGGAGAGCAAAGAGAGUGAUUCUGAGGGGGAGGAGAGCAAAGAGAGUGAUUCUGAUGGGACAGGAGAGGGGGAGGAGAGCAAAGAGAGUGAUUCUGAGGGGACAGGAGAGGGGGAGGAGAGCAAAGAGAGUGAUUCUGAGGGGACAGUAGAGGGGGAGGAGAGCAAAGAGAGUGAUUCUGAGGGGACAGUAGAGGGGGAGGAGAGCAAAGAGAGUGAUUCUGAGGGGACAGUAGAGGGGGAGGAGAGCAAAGAGAGUGAUACUGUGGGGACAGGAGAGGGGGAGGAGAGCAAAGAGAGUGAUUCUGAGGGGACAGUAGAGGGGGAGGAGAGCAAAGAGAGUGAUUCUGAGGGGACAGUAGAGGGGGAGGAGAGCAAAGAGAGUGAUUCUGAGGGGACAGUAGAGGGGGAGGAGAGCAAAGAGAGUGAUACUGUGGGGACAGGAGAGGGGGAGGAGAGCAAAGAGAGUGAUUCUGAGGGGACAGUAGAGGGGGAGGAGAGCAAAGAGAGUGAUUCUGAGGGGACAGUAGAGGGGGAGGAGAGCAAAGAGAGUGAUUCUGAGGGGACAGGAGAGGGGGAGGAGAGCAAAGAGAGUGAUUCUGAGGCAAGUCUAGAGGAGGAGGGGGAGGAGAAGAGUGAAGAGAGUGAUGCGGAAGGCGAGGAAGGAGAGAGUGGUUCUGGGACAAGUAGAGAGGGGGAAGAGGAGGAUAAGAGUGAAGAAGAGUGCAGUGAUGAAGAGAGUGAGGAUGAAAACAAAGAGGAAAAGGAGGAGAGCAAUGAGAGUGAGGAUGAAAAGGAGGAGGGUGUUGAUGAAUCAGGAAGUGAGGCUGAGAGCAAGAGUGAGGGAUCAGCAGAAGAGGAGGAAGAUGAGCAAGCAGAAGAAGCAGAGAGUGAAGAAAGUAAAGCUACUGAGUCAGGAGAGGAGGAAGGAGAGGGAGAGAGUGGAACAGAGGAGGAAGGAGAGGGAGAGGAUAAGGAAGGUAGUGAAAGUGAAGAAGAGGAGGAGGAGGCAGGUGUAAGUGAGGUGGAGGAAGGAGAAGAGGAUGACGAUGAGGGAAAGGAUGCAGAAAGUGGAGAAGGUGAGGACAAUGUAGGAGAGGAGGAAGAGGAAGCAGUUGAGGGUGAGGAAGAAGAGGAUGAAAAGGAAGGGGAAGAGGACGGUGAAGUCGAAGAGGGUGAGGAGGGAGGAGAGGAUGAUGAGACAGAGGAGGAAGAGGCUAGUGGAGAGGAAGAACUUGAAGAUGAAAAAAGUGAGGAAGAGGAUGAAGAAGAGGAGGGGAAAGGGAAGGAAGAUACCCAGAGGGAGAAACCCAAACCAGCGGCCCGUACCAAGCAGAGGACCACAGGGGGAAAACAGGCCAACAGUACCCAAGAAUCCCAACAGUUCUGGAACAAUGUCUUACCCCAGUACCUGGAGCUGAAGUGA